AUGCUGCUUCGCCUGGCGACCUUGACGGCGGUCGCUCUGGCGGCCGACAACAUUGCAUCCAUCGAUGUGACGCUGCCCGUCAACACCAACCAAGUGCACGACGACACGCCCGCGUGCAAGGUUGUGCUCAUGGACAACCAUGUCUUUGGCCAUUCGUAUGGAAAACCGUUCCAAGGCGCGUUCCCGAUCCCAGCGUGUGCGUCCGACCCGGCCAACUCGGUCGUGUACCUGCGCUGGUCGGCGUCCGUGCCCGCGGGCCGGCAAUUCGACCGCAUCGCUGCUGUGUGGGCGAACGGCUAUGAGCUGCUUCGGACGACGACGCAGGAACCGAGUCGCAAGACAGGCGCGACGUGGGAGGUGCUCAAGGACGUCUCGCACUACAAGGACGUCUUGGCGGUGGGCGGCAACGUUGUCGUUGCCCUCGACAAUGUCGUCGACCAGACGUACACGAGCAGCUUCACCGUGAGUGUGACGGCCGAGUUUUACAAGCCCAAGGAUGCGUGCGGCAGCGAGAUCCGGUCGGCGCCGCUCAAGCCUGAUAAUGUGCUGAGCAUUUCCAACAAGAACGGUGCGUACGGAUGGUUUCACGUGCAGCCGUCGACAAGCAGCGGCGGCCUCGUCACGCUCCCGCGCAACCUCGACCAGCUUUUUCUCGAGGUCUUUACGAGCCACCACGGGUGCGACGAGUUCUACUACACCAACCCGCCCAACGAGUACAAGGAGCCACUUCAGACCAACUGCGGCAACGGCGCCUUCCGCGAGUUCCAAAUUCUUGUCGACGGCAAGCUAGUGAGCACAUUCUGGCCGUUCCCGCUCAUUUACACUGGCGGUAUCUCGCCAUACAUGUGGCGCCCAGUCGUCGCGACCGGUGCCUUUGAAGCGCCAACAUACCUCGUGGACUUGACGCCAUUCCUCGGCAUUUUUGUCGACGGCAAGGCCCACAACGUAAGCUUUAGCGUUGGCCACGGCCUGGACUACUGGCCGACGUCCGGCAACCUCCUCGUGUACCUUGACAAGGCCGGCAACCAGACGCAGGCGGUCGUGCAGAGCCAGACGAUUCCGGUCGCUGUCGCGCCAAAGGUCGUUGCCGAUGUCCACGGCCUCGACAUGACGAUCAAGACGACGGCGACGCGUCAGAACGCCAUCUCGACGCGCAUCACAACGUCGCGCGGCACGAAGCUCUACUCGGUCGCAUCCAGCUACACCUUUUACAACGACCAAGUGUACACCAACAACGCGUCGACGCAGUGGUUUGACCAGCGCACGACCGUGACGACGACGACGACGAUCACGUCAUCGGGGGCGCCAGCGUUCAAGCGCGUCACGAAAGAGGUGUACCCGUUCACCGGCAACACGACGUACGUGACGUACUCGACCGAAGCUGUCGGCGCCUCAGUCUUGCCGGCCUUCCGGCGCAACAACCACCCGGAAGCUCUCACCGCCGCCGGGUUCCGGCUCAACACGACGGUCGACCAUGCAUUUAUCAAGACGACAUCGACCAUCGGCGACGCCUCAGCCUCCCGCCUCGGCCUCUCGGACGCGGCGGUUGCGAUUCGCCAGCAGGCCGAUGCGUACAUGGACUCGCUCGUCGGUGGCUCGGGCAACCACGUCGCCUAUCUCGCGGCUUCCAACGCCACGGGCUGCUACUCGCACGACGUCGCUGCCUCGGUGGUUGGCGGGUACCUCAAGGACGUUCAAGGCACGUCGUGCCCCGCCUUGUAG